CAGUUGGUGCGAGUAAAUUGGAAACAGCGACACUACCGCUACACGCCAGAGAUAAGACUGACAGAAGAAGACAGAGAUCACCGGGCAAAUCUGGCGGAUGCCCUGCUUGAUUCCGCCAUGGACGUAGCUUCCGUUUGCUCCCUCCCUUUACAUCCUCCAUUUCCAAGUUAUGGGAAAGCCAAGUAUUCAUCUCGGCCGUCUUUGAUUCGGGUUGUACCAUAUAAAGGGUGUUCUCUUUCAUACAACCGGGAGAGAGCAACCACGUCGGUUAAUGCUACUUCAAGAAGAAAUUUUCAUAGUGGGAAGAGACAUACUGAUGUACAAUGGUGUAAUCACAAUGGAAAAUGGAAUCCCGGCAGGAUACAUGAUAUGAAAUUAAAGAGAUCAAACCAAUGGCUGAGACAUAUCGGUGUGAGAUCAGAUCUUGCAGGAGCUGCAACCCCUGAAUCUGCUUUCCCAAAACCAGAGCUUAAACUCGGCUCAAAAAUCAGAGGAAUAUGCUUUUAUACCGUUACAGCCAUUGCAGCCAUCUUUCUCUUUGUCCUGAUGGUGAUUGGCCAUCCUUUUGUCCUUCUUUUUGAUCGAUAUAGGAGAAAGUUCCAGCACCUGAUAGCUAAAAUCUGGGCUACCAUAAGUAUUUUACCGUUUUACAAAAUCAAGAUUGAGGGUUUGGAGAAUCUGCCACCACCCGACACUCCUGCCGUAUAUGUCUCCAACCACCAGAGUUUUCUGGACAUAUACACGCUUCUAACUCUAGGAAGAUGCUUCAAGUUCAUCAGCAAGACGGGGAUUUUCCUGUAUCCUAUCAUCGGCUGGGCCAUGUUCAUGUUGGGUGUCAUUCCCUUGAAGCGAAUGGACACCAGAAGCCAGAUGGAUUGCCUGAAACGGUGCAUUGAUCUUGUCAAGAAGGGAGCAUCGGUCUUUUUCUUCCCCGAAGGAACACGAAGUAAAGACGGAAAGUUAGGUCCUUUCAAGAGAGGCGCAUUUACGGUAGCUUCGAAAACUGGAGCUCUUGUAGUGCCGAUAACUCUGAUGGGGACGGGCGAAAUCAUGCCUACUGGGUGUGAAGGCAUUCUGAAUCAUGGAACAGUUAAAGUUAUCAUUCACAAACCUAUCCAAGGAAGUAAAGCAGAUGUUCUCUGCAACGAGGCCAUGAAAGUGAUCGCAGAUUCUUUGAAUCUCUUGAGCUGAUCAACCGCCAUUGCAGAGUCUGAGAAGGGGAAAACAAGAAAUGCUGAAGGAUCACUUAACACGUCUGGAGAAGACAUGGUUUCAGAUGUUAUUGUCGGAAGUAAGAUGGGGCGAAAGCUUAAAGCUGUUUUGGAUUUGGAAGAAUCUACGAAUGAGUUCCCUUUUUCUUCGGUGUUUUGAUAGAUCUUCAGGCUUUGGCCUUUGCACUAUAACUCCAAAAAGAAUUUAAAAAAAAAAUCUUUUUUUUACC